GGCGAUCGACAUUGCCCUUGCGAGCCAUUGUUGAAUUAUGACCUUGACCGCCACCGACCGCGCGAUGCUUCAUGGCGAGCUCAUGCUCAUCCUUGCAGCCUUCAAGGAUCUGCCAUCGUCGCACGACGACGACGAUGACACUGUCGUCGCGACGACAGAGCCCUCGGUCGAGCGGAAUCCUACCCGCGCCGAGUGCUGUUGCAUUUGCCUGGAAGCGGUGCCAUCCGCGGUCGCGACCGAGCCAAUUGAAGUGCCUGAAGUAGCGCAAUUGGCCUUGAGCUGCGGGCACGCCUACUGCAAAGGGUGCAUCCAAGCCUACGUCGCCGCCAAGAUCGACACGCGCGAGGUGCAAGGAACGCAGCUCACGUGCCCCGUCCUCGAUUGCCGCCGGGCGUUGGACGCCAUGGACAUUCUUCGCACGACGACCGAAGCGGUGUUUCUCAAGUACUUGCACUUUACGGCGUCGAUCGAGUUUGAGAAGCUGCCACACGGCCGGCACUGCCCCAACCCAAAGUGCAACAUUGCGAUCGAGUGCGACCCGCGUGAGAAGACGUUUGUGUGCCACAAGUGCAGAGCGAGAGGCUGCUUCAAGUGUGGCAACGCGUCGCAUCCGUUCCGGACCUGCAGCCAAGCGCUCGACAGCAUGUACAUGAACUGGGAAAAGUCGAUGAAUGCAUUGUCGAGCACGAAAGCUGUCGCGCCGUGCCCGAGCUGCGGGUACCGCAUCUGGAAGAACGACGGUUGCCAGCACAUGACCUGUCAGAAAUGCCGCCACGAGUGGUGCUGGACAUGCAACAUUACGUGGCGCACGCACAACAACUGGAUGGCGCAACGCUACUGCCACCUGGCCACCAUCCUGGCCUCGCCGCGCUGGGGUCCCUGCCUCCCGAUCCGCGUUGUCACGCAGUCGAUUGCCUUGACGCUCGUCACGGCGGGCGUCUUUGCCGGUGGCGCCAUCGCGGCGGCUGGCCUUGUCGUUGGCAUCCCUCUGGCUCUGCUCUACUUGGUGCCGCGCGAGCUCUAUCGCAAGUGGCGCCGCGAGCGCUACCAGCGCAAGAAGGUGCAGCUGCACUACCUCGCUGAGAAGGUCCAGCGCGGCACACACAUUUACGUCCACACGACUGCGGACGAUGAUGUGAUGCUGCCCGAUUUGGCGAUUAGCGGCGACUGGCGCCAUGGAAACGCCGCGUCACUACAGUACGUGGCGUACGUCGGCCUCCCCGUGCACGGCAGCUUUGUCGUGUACCUGAGUUCGCGCGACUCGACGCAGCUGGCCGCGACGCCGGGCUACUUUCGAGCCGUGCUCAUGCCGUCGAUAAGCGCGGCGCUACCAACACCCGAGAUUCUCAGCGACCUUGUGCCGCCCACUGCCGAGGAGCGCACCCUCACACUCGUCUAUGAUGCCGACGCGACGGUGUUGGCCGAGGUGCAGCACGCAAGCAUGGCGCUUGAAGACCUCAACAUUCGAGCUCGCAUCCUCUUUGUGCAUCGACCAGAGACUGCAACGUCGCCAGAGUAUAUGAAUUUGGUCUAUACGGCGCUCUUCAACGCGGCACCACGACCGUCGUCAGCCUAGUUGACCAUGCAUCCUUUGAAUUCUGCAAGUCUCAACUAAAUAUACCUAUAAAUAUCUACUAUUAUAGAAUACGUGCACUGAUUUCCCAAAUUGCUGGA